GGAGCAUCUCUCUCCUUCACACCUCCUCCUCUUCAUCACUCCUUCAUCGCUGGGAGCAGGAGGAGCGGAGCCGCAGCCUGUCUCUCCCCGGACUCUGGUGUCUCUCUGUCGGAUAUACUCAGCCUCUCUCUGCCCUCCAUCAUGGAUCUAUUCCUGCUGCUCUGUGGGCUCUUCUCCGGCACUGUGUUCAGCGCUGCGUCUGCUGCCUCGCACUAUAACUGUAACAGUCCGUUGGUGUCCUCAUUACCUCAGUCGUCCUUCAGGAGCUCGUCUCAGUCGUCCUUCAGCUCCGCGGCUCACAACGCCAAGAUCAACAGGAGAGACGGAGCAGGAGGCUGGUCCCCCAUGGUGACGGACCGGGAGCCCUGGCUGCAGGUGGACCUCAGGGAGCAGGUGGAGGUGACGGCUGUGGCCACACAGGGGCGCUCUGCCAGCUCAGACUGGGUGAGCAGGUACCUGCUGCUGUACAGCGACACGGGCCAGGUGUGGAGGCAGUACAGACAGGAGGACGGGGGAGGGAUGUUCCUGGGGAACGUGAACUCCGAGACUGUCAUGCUGAACAAGCUGUCCCCCUCUGUGAGGACUCGGUUCCUGCGCUUCGUCCCUCUGGACUGGAACCCGAGCGGCUGGCUUGGCCUCAGGGUGGAGCUGUACGGCUGCUCCUACAAGUCUGACGUGGCGGACUUUGACGGCCGGAGCUCUCUGCUCUAUCGUUUUAAUCAGAAGUCGAUGUCGACGGUGAAAGACGUGAUCUCUCUGCGCUUCAAGAGUCGACAGGCGGAGGGGGUGUUGCUGCACGGAGAGGGGCAGAGGGGCGACUACAUCACCCUGGAGCUCCACCGAGGAAAGCUGGCCCUCUACCUCAACCUUGAUGACACCCGGCUGAGGUUCAGCAGCAGUCGAGUCGCCGUCACGGUCGGCUCCCUUCUGGACGACCAGCACUGGCACUCUGUCCUCAUCGAGCGCUUCAAUAAACAAGUGAACCUGACCGUGGACUCGCACACGCAGCACUUCACCACCAGAGGGGAGGGGGACUCGCUGGAGGUCGACUAUGAGCUGAGUUUUGGAGGCAUCCCUCUGCCCGGGAAACCCGGCACCUUCCUCAGGAGGAACUUUCACGGCUGCAUCGAGAACCUUUAUUACAACGGCAUCAACAUCAUCGACCUCGCCAAGAGACGCAAACCGCAGAUUUACAGCGUGGGUAAUGUCACCUUCGCGUGCUCCCGGCCCUCGCUGGUCGCCGUCACCUUCCUGAGCUCCAGCAGCAGUUUCCUGUCGCUGCCGUUGGCCUUGCCUUCGGCCAUCUUGGGAGGGUUCUCCAUUGAGUUCCAGUUCAGGACCUGGAACCCAGACGGGCUGCUGCUGUCCGUCCGACUGAGCCGAGAGAACCAGAGACUGGAUCUGCAGAUCAGGAACAGCCGGCUGAUCCUGACCCUCCAACAUCCUGGGGACCGGAGAUCAGAGACCUCUGCAGGUCACAAAGUCAACGAUGGACUGUGGCACACAGUGAGUCUGGACACUCGAGGUCUUCAGGUCAGUCUGACUCUGGACAGCGAGCCGGCCUCCACCUUGGAGCAGUGGGACCAGCUGGAGGCCAGAGGCAGCUUCUACUUCGGAGGCUGCCCCCUUACAGGCUGUCACAACCCGACCAUGUCCUUCCAGGGCUGCAUGCGCCUCUUCUCCAUCAACAGCCAGACCAUCAACCUCCAUCACGUGCAGCAAGGGAUGCUGGGAGUUUAUCAUGAGCUUCAGUUUGACACCUGCAACAUCAGAGACAGGUGUCUUCCUAACCUGUGUCAACAUGGCGGUCUCUGUCUUCAGACCUGGAGCUCCUUCUCCUGCGACUGUUCAGGGACCGGCUACUCUGGAGCCGUCUGCCACAGCUCCGUCUACGAGUCGUCCUGCGAGGCCAUCGGGCUGACGGGCGGCUCCUCCGGGUUCUACUCCAUCGAUCCAGAUGGGAGUGGCCCCCUGGGGCCCGCCUCAGUGUACUGCAACAUGACAGAGGAGCGUGUGUGGACGGUGGUGAGUCACAACGUCAGCGCUCCGGUCCGAGUUCAGGGCUCGUCUCUGCAGGAUCCACACGUCAUGACGUUAAACUAUAGCUCCGCCCCCAAUCAGCUGCACGCCAUCAUCGCUACCUCAGAGCACUGCCAACAGGAAGUGGUUUACAGCUGCAGGAAGUCCCGCCUUUUUAACACCAAAGACGGUCGCCCUUUGGCGUGGUGGGUGGAUCAGGGCGGAGAGAGGCGGAGCUACUGGGGAGGCUUCCUGCCGGGGGUGCAGCAGUGCUCGUGCAGCCUGGAGGAGAACUGCAUGGACAUGAAUUACUUCUGUAACUGUGACGCAGACUCAGACUCCUGGACUAAUGACACAGGAGUCCUGUCCUAUAAAAACCACCUUCCUGUGAACCACAUGGUGAUCGGGGACACCAACAGAGCCGGAUCAGAGGCUGUCUACAGCAUCGGACCUCUGCGGUGUUAUGGAGACAGGUGGAUCUGGAACGCAGCGUCCUUCUCUCAGGAGUCUUCCUCACUCGCCUUCCCUGCCCUGCAGGCCGAGCUCUCCUCUGACUUCUCCUUCUUCUUUAAGACCAGCGCUACUUCAGGAGUCUUUCUAGAGAACCUGGGACACAAAGACUUCAUCAGACUGGAGCUCAGCUCUCCCUCCGUGGUUACAUUUUCCUUCGAUGUUGGGAACGGUCCGGUGCUCCUGGCAGUGAACUCCCCUCUCCCUCUGAAUGACCGGCAGUGGCACCACGUCAGGGCGGAGCGUAAUGUGAAGGAGGCGUGGCUCCAGGUGGACCAGCUGCCUCCUCGCCUGCUGGAGGCUCCUGCUGAUGGACACCGACGCCUCCGCCUCAUCGGACAGCUGUUUGUAGGGGGAUCAGCGUCUCAGCACAGAGGUUUCCUCGGCUGCAUACGGACUCUGACCAUUAACGGUGUGACCUUUGACCUGGAGGAGAAGGCCAAGUCGGUGCUUGGGGUGAACUCAGGGUGUCCGGGUUACUGCAGCGGCUCCAGCAGCCUCUGCCACAACAGAGGGAGGUGCAUCGAGAGGAGCAGCGGCUACACCUGCGACUGCUCCAACUCGGCGUACGGAGGACCCACCUGCAGGGAAGAGGUGUCAGCGUCGUUGGACAGGGAGUCCUCGCUGACCUUCAUCUUUCAGGAGCCGUUCUCGGUGAUGCAGAACAGAAGCUUCCAGACGUCCGGCGUCUCCAGAGAGAGCAGCAGCAGAGCAAGGGAGGACGCCACCUUCAGCUUCAUGACCUCACACAGCCCCGCCAUGCUGCUGACCGUCAGCACCUUCAGCCAGCAGUACAUCGCCGUCAUCCUCACCAACAACGGUAGUCUUCAGAUCUGGUAUCACCUGCAGACUCACAGGAACCCGGACGUGUUCAAUCCGGUCCUCGGCAGUCUGGCAGACGGACGCCUUCAUCGAAUCAGAAUCCACCGUGAGGGCAGAGACCUCUACGUACAGAUCGACCAGGACGUCCACAGGAAGUUCACGCUGUCGUCUGAUGCAGAGCUGAUCUCUAUCCGGUCCCUGACUCUGGGAAAAGUCAUCAGGAGAGAGAGUUUUCACGAGGAAGUGGUUCGGGCAGGUUCGGAGGGUUUUGUCGGCUGCCUCUCCUCGGUCCAGUUUAACCACGUGGCUCCUCUGAAAGCGGCGCUGCUGAACCGAGGCAGCUCGUUGGUCACCAUCAGGGGCUCACUCGUCCAAUCAAACUGUGGCGCGUUGGCAGACUCCAUCACGUCCAACAACCUGAGGGGUAACACGCAUGAUGAUUCUGCAGCAGCCAAUAAAGAAGACGAGCAGCAGAGCGGAGAUACACAGAGUGAUGUGGCUGUAAUAGCAGGUGUAGUGACAGCCGUCGUGUUCAUCACACUCUGUGUGCUGGCCGUGGUGACACGCCUCCUGUACCUGAGACAAGUCCAGAAAACCAACCACAGCAUGAAGGAGAAGGAACACCACCACAGCAUGGAGACCCCCAACAGGACAGAGCUGCACCUCCACAACUCCGUCAGGGAAAACAUGAAGGAGUACUACAUCUGAAUACACGGAGGAGCGCCACAUCUGUAUACAUGAAGAUCCAACAAGAUGAGGGAGUACAAAAUCUAUCAUCAUCCUAUUAGACGAAGGAGGACAAAAUCCAUCCAGAUGAAAAUACAGUAUCUGACAGGAACGAGGACUACAAAGUCUUACUACUCAUUCAUGUCCAGAGGGAGUACUGCAUCUUUUCAGGAGACGGAUUACAAAGUCUGAAAACAUAAAGAACAAGUCCAACAAGAAGAGGGGUUACAUCACCUCACAAGUCUACGAAGAACAACAUCAAGUCAACAGAUCAGAUUAGAUUUGUGACUCCCAAAGAAACAGCAACAUCCUACAGGAAAAAGUACUAUAACAUCUGACAAGACAAAGGACUACAAUAUCCUAUGAGAAAAGAUCUAUUACAUCCUAGGAGAUAAAGGACUACAACUUCCGGAUGAAGGCCUACAACAUCCUACAAGACGAAGGACUACACAACCAGAGGAAUUCCUACAACAUCCUACGAGACAAAGAACUACAACAUCCAGUUAAAGGCCUACAAAGUCCUACGAGACAGAGGAAUACAACAUCCAACUAGAUGAAGGACUACACAACCGGAUGAAUUCCUACAACAUCCUACAAGACAAAGGACUACAACAUCCAGUUGAAGGCCUACAAAAUCCUACGAGACAGAGGACUACAACAUCCGGAUGAAGGCCUACAACAUCUUACAGGACAAAGGACAACAACGUCCUACAAGACAAAGGACUACAACAUCCGGAUGAAGACCUACAACAUCCUAAGAGACCAAGGACUACAACAUCCAACGAGACCAAGGACUACAACAUUCAACCAGACCAAGGACUACAACAUCUGAUGAGACCAAGGACUACAACAUCUGAUGAAACCAAGGACUACAACAUCUGAUGAGACCAAGGACUACAACAUUCAACCAGACCAAGGACUACAACAUCCAUUGAGACCAAGGACUACAACAUCUGAUGAGACCAAGGACUACAACAUCCAAUGAGACCAAGGACUACAACAUCUGAUGAGACCAAGGACUACAACAUUCAACCAGACCAAGGACUACAACAUCCAAUGAGACCAAGGACUACAACAUCCAACAAGACCAAGGACUACAACAUUCAACCAGACCAAGGACUACAACAUCCGAUGAGACCAAGGACUACAACAUCCAGAUGAAGGCCUACAACAUCCUACGUGACAAAGAACUACAACAUCCAGAUGAAGGCCUACAACAUCCUACGGGACAAAGGACUACAACAUCUGACAAGACAAGGACUACAAAAUCCUACAAAACAAAGCACUAAAAAAUCCUAUGAGACCGAGGAUUACAACGUCCGGUGGAAGGUCAACAUCAUCCUACGAGACAAAGGCCUACGAAUCCUACAAGAAAAAAAUGACUUCAACAUCCUAUAAGACGAAGGACUACAAAAUCCAAACAGACGAUGGAUUACAACAUCCUUUGAGACAAAGAGCUCAGAAAUCCUAUGAGAUAUAGGAAAAAAGCAUCUUAUAACACAAAGAACUUCAAUUUCCACAAAGACCAAGUCCUACAUCAUCCUACGAGACAAAGGACUACAGCAUCUGGUUGAAGGCCUACAACACCCAGGGACAAAGAACUACAACAUCCUACAAAACAAAGGACUACAGCAUCUGGACAAAGGCCUCCUAUUAGACAUAGGACUACAACGUCCUAUAAGACAAAGGAUGACAAAACCCUAUUUGACGAAGGCCUACAACAGUCCACGAGACAAAGGACUGCAAUAUCCUUUAAGUCAAAGGCGUACAAAAUCCUUCUAGAAAAAGGACUUCAACAUCUCCCCCAAGGCUUACAACGUCCUUCAAGACAAAGGCCUGCAGCAUCCUGCGGGAUGUAAGACUACAUCCUCUCAAUGUGGUCUCAAGGACGUCUUUAUCCUAUGAGUAGGGACUCUAGCGUCCUACGUGACAAAAAACUCCUACAUCCUAUCAGAAAAAGGACUACAACAUCCUUUGAAGAAGAGGACUACAUCGUCCUACGAGACAAAGGACUACAUUUUUAAGUAGGGUGCCAUAUCUUUGGUUUUCCCAACAUCUGACGAACCAAAGUGGUACAACAUCGGUUGGAACAGAACAAACGCUUCAGACUGGAUGAAGGAGUGCAAACUUCAUGUAUCUCUGAGUGUGAUGGAGGAGUUCUUUCUAUGUUGCUGAGUUUUAUUGUCCUGUGUGGAUGUAGCAGACUUCCUCACAUACAGAGAGCUCAGCAGGUUAACAGUGUCUGUCCUCUUCUUUGAACACUGAAGCAGGUAUUAAAACUAUCAGCAGCUGAACUGUUGUGACUCUUAAAGAGGACGCAUCUCCAGAAUGUGCACACUUUUUCUUACUGACUCCAAAUGCUGAUUAUUUCUGCGUUCAGUAGAAUAAACUUAAUGAUGGGUAGAGAUGUGGAGAGCAGGCCUGCCCUGUGAGCCCACAGCACACUCACUGCUGUCUCUGUCAUGGCUUUUACAGGGAGGAGGAACAGCAGGCCGAUACCGUCUACUGUACCAGUGCCUAAUAUAUCCCUCAGUUUGUCCGUCUUACUUUAGAUUUAUUUGUUUUUAGGACAGAAACCUUUACCACAUCCGCCAUGUUUCUUUUCACUGAGUUUGUUUACACAUCAACAGUCAGAGUCGUGCGAGGAUAAACCAACCAAUUAACCAGAAGAGACACAGUUUUGUAACAGACAACUUUGUGGAGUCAUGUUAAAAUAACAGCUUUGCACGGACAGACUGAAGCCUCUUUUAUUCUGCAGCUUGGAUUGAGCAGAUGGGAUAGCUGUCAGCUCACGGCAGAGUAACGAAGCCUGAGAGGACUUUGAGUGAGGACUGAGCAGAAGGAUGGAAGAGAUCACAGCUGAACCCAAACAUCCACCGACAGGACUUCAGGACUCCAGGACUCCAGGACUCCAGGACUUCAGGACGGAGUACACCUGGACUUCAGUUGUACAGUCUGUGACGUCCCAUCAAGCCUGUUCAUAAGUUGUCAGUGAUUUUAAAGCGUGGUUUAUUAAAUCAGUGAUGUCUGCUGAAGUCUGCUCCACAGUUAGACUCUGGAAAGCUGAAGACUUGGCGCCCCCUUGUGGGCCGGAUGUAUUGGUGGCUUGAGUCAUAGGCUGAUAAACUGCACUCCCUCUCAGCAGGGAGCCACAGACUGCUACUAAAUGUUGCUCUAAGCAAAAGGCAACGAGGUACCAUGACAUUGUUUGUUUUUGAGUUAUUUGUAUUUAUUUGGACUAGAGGAAUGAGUUGUUUAUUUGUGUGUAUACAUUGCACCAUGUCAUGUAAUUAUUCUCCUUCUCAAUGAUUUGUACAACUGCGGUUUUAUUAGGGCAAGAUGCAUAAUUUAAUAAUAAAAGUUGAUAUAUAUUCCUA